UUAACGAAGCCCUAAACAUAUAUACAUUGAGUAUCCCACGCCGGGAUAGUUUUUAUUUCAUAUACUUGUUUGCUUAACACACAAGUAAAGGAAAAGCGCAGAGACUUGGCAAGUGCAAGGGUUUUAACAAAUGGUGAGAAGCUUCUUUGAAGCCUGAAAUAAUUCUCCUAUACAGGAGAAUUGCAGGGUGUAUACAGGGUUUUUUCGGGUGAUUUCGUGCCCGUUUCAGCUUUCAACGAUUUCAUUUGAAGAGUAGAAUUUGAAUUUCGGGUGCUUGCUUUCUCAAUCAAUCUUACAUAUCUUUAAUCUAAGAAGAUGGAAGCUGAAGGUUUAGGAGAUGGGUGGUACUUUACAAGGGAGGAGAUUGAUGAAUUUUCUCCUUCGAGAAAACAUGGCAUUGAUGCAAAGAAGGAAAGUAACUUGCGGAAAUCCUACUGCAGUUUUAUUAAAGAUGUUGGUGUUGGGCUCUCUCUGCCUCAAGUUGCUAUUGCAUCAGCUAUUGUGUUUUGUCACCGAUUUUACUUGCGGCAUUCACAUCAUGACCAUGAUAGAUAUACAAUUGCCACUGCGUGUGUAUUCCUUGCUGGUAAGGUGGAGGAGACUCCUAAAACCAUUCUGAAGGUGACAGUACUGGCAUAUGAAAUUCGACACAAGAGGGACCCAGCUGCUUCUGAGCGCAUCAAGCAAAAGGAAUGUUAUGAAAAGCAGAAAGAAUUGGUGAUAAUGGCAGAGCGUGUUGUCCUUGCUACACUGGGUUUUGAUCUAAAUAUACAACAUCCAUAUAAGCAUCUUGUAACAGCUAUCAAGAUAUUUAAAGUGGCCCAAAAUUCAUUAGCACAAGUAGCUUGGAAUUUUGUUAACGAUGGACUGAUUACAACUCUGUGCCUCCAGUUCAAGCCCCAGCAUAUUGCUGCUGGUGCCAUUUUUCUUGCUGCCAAGUUUCUGAGAGUUAAACUGCCAUCAGAUAGAGAGAGGCCUUGGUGGCAGGAGUUUGACGUGACUCCUCGCCAGCUUGAAGAUGUUAGCAAUCAAAUGCUGGAGCUUUAUGAACAAAGCAAAACAAUGACAGCAUCGGCUUCAAAUGACAUCAGCCCUUCUCAAGGUCAAGCAUCAAAUUCUCCUUGCAAUACUGACCCAUGUAAUAUGAAAACUGAAAGUGAUGCCAUGAUUGCAAAUGAGAAUCAAGGUUCCACAUAUCCAAAGUCAGUGCCUAAUGUGAUUGCACCUGAAACUAAGAAGGAACGUGAAUAUUUGGUGUCAAAAUCUAUAGCAGUUGAUUCCGAGGAAACAAUGAGGGGUAAGCAUCUCCAGAUGCACCCAUCUGUUAGGAUUGCGGCAACAUCAUUGGGUGACAUUGGGAAAAAGGGCAACACUGAUUUACUUAAUGUAAAAUGUAUUAAUAGUGUUGAGGGACCUAGUUUUGUCGAAGAAAGAAAGAGGAAGAGGUCUCGGUGGGAUGACUCUUCAGAUAAGGAUUGUAAUAGGCCCUAUGGACAUGUGUAUGGAAGUUCAUGUAUAGCAUCUGAUAUGGAUGCUGCAGUUGGUGACCUUUCAGUAGUUACUUCUGUUGAUGAUCAAGUACAGCUUAUGAGCAAAAGCAUGGUGCCAAUUGAGCAAAAGAUAAAUACUGCACGGUGGGGACAAAGAAUAUGAUUAAUGGUCUAUUAUAGCUGUCCAGGACAUCUGAAGCAUAUGGCAAUGCUAAUCAGUGUAUCCUGCAGGAGAAGCAAAUAGACAAAUGCAAAUCACUAUUGCAGUCCUUGGGAGAAAUUGUCUACUGAGCCUGUGUAAAACCUCUAUAAAUGCAAGAUGGGUGGGAGAGCCACUGGCUAUGUAUUUUAUUCAGGACCUGAAAAUAGUUGAGAGUAUAAUAUGAUAACUGUACUUAUUAAAUCGAGCAUAUUUCAAAUGAAACUGCUUGAUUUUUCUUGUAAGUGUAAAAUAGGGUCAAUCAGAAAGGUGCUUCAAACAUAGGCAAAAAAAAGAUGCCAUUUGUAUUGGGAAUUGGAGUAUAUUACUUUCUUGGUAUUCAUUGGUAUUCAUUGAGAAUUAGAGUA